AUGGGUCUCCUUGAAGAUAGCACUCCUAAAGUUGAAAAGUCAAUGGGUAUGAUCAUCUUGAUCAUUAACUUCUUGUUCCCUGGUUUUGGUACUAUUCUUGCUGCCAUCCUUACCUCCGAGAAGGAAAAGAUGACUUCCACUUUGAUUGUUGGUAUUUUGCAAAUGUUCUUGUCUUGGCUCUUGAUUGGUUGGUUGUGGGCUAUUUGGUGGGGAUACAAGAUUAUGCAAGUUUCCAAUGCUUAA